ACCAGGCCUCAAAGAACCCCGGUUGCUAGUAACGUCAAAGCUCUGUUUGUUGAUCCCGCCGACAAACAUCACGGAGCUUCGAGUGCCCCACUAGACCCCCGUCGCUAUGGCUCUCAAAAAGCGCCUGGGCAGCUUGAUGCGCAAGAGGUCCACACAGGAUGUUCCAACCGACAGCGAUGCUGACACACCUGAUGCGAACGCCGCCCGUGGCGUGAGGUUGUUUUGUGAAUCUGGCGCGGCCAACUCGGGCGAAGAAGUCCUCCACCUCCCAACCAUCGUCGAUGCUGCCGAGUCCAGUCCUUCCGCCGCCGCCGCCGCUGCCGCACAGAUUCGCAAGUUUCUCUCCAAGGAGAAUUACACGCGCCCGCAUGUUCAGUACAAUGCGAUCAUGCUCAUACGCAUCUUGGCCGACAAUCCGGGCCCGUCCUUCACCAAGAAUCUCGACAAGAACUUUGCGGAUACAGUGAAGUAUCUGCUGCGAAAUGGAACAGACCCAAGUGUUGCGCAGAUCCUUAGGGAGACACUGGAAGCAUUGGAGCGCGAGAAGGCGUUUGACACCAAUUUGAACACCGUGUUCGCCAUGUGGAGGAAAGAGAAAGGCCUGAUGGCGAACGCGGCCAAGCAGCUCGGCUCUCGCAAGCUUGAUGCGCCGGGCUGGAGUAGUGGUCAGCAAUUCCAGGGCGGCUUCAGCUCAGGACGGAGCCAUUCGCGCUCACGCGGGCUGCCUUCGCCUGUGGAGCUUGCAGGACGUAUCGAAGAAGCCCGUACAUCUGCUAAGCUACUUCUUCAGCUCGUGCAGUCCACACCCCCAAACGAGCUGAUUGGCAACGAUCUGGUCAAGGAGUUUGCAGAGAGGUGCACAUCAGCCCAGCGUAGCAUACAAGGCUACAUUGCCAGCGACAACCCAAGUCCUGACGACGACACGAUGCUCACGCUCAUAGAGACAAAUGAGCAACUCUCUCUCGCCGCAUCGAAGCAUCAGCGUGCUGUUCUCCAGGCUCGUCGCACUAUCGGAACCUCUCCAUCGCCUCCCGCUCAACAAACACCUCCAAUUCUACCUCCGGUCAACAAAGGUCCAUCAAACUCAUACGAACCACCUGCGCCAUCUCAGCAUAACAACGUGCAAUCGCCUAUGGACUCCAUGCCGCGAGACCCGUAUGACCCGUUGCCAAACGUGGCUCCGUAUGGCGCACCACCCGCUCAAGCACCGGCAACCCAGAACCCCAACACUAGCAGUCUCCCUACGUCGCUUCAAGCGGCCCCAAACAGGCAAACUUCCAUGCCUGAACAGCAAGAAGAGAACCCCUUUGCUGACCACUACACAUCGACCUUCGCACUACCUCCAAACCCCCGAUCGAAUGGCCAUGGUGGAUCUCCUGACUCAUAUCACCCAGGCUAUCAGUCAACGCCGUCCUACAUGCAUCGCCAGGAGAGCUCUGCGAAUAAUCUGACAAUGCACGGCGCAGCUAUUCCAGAGGAGGAUGCAGGUCAGCGCCAACAGACACCAGAGCACAAUGUGACUCGGCCAUUGCAACACGACGUAUCUCCAAUCGCAGAGCGCAAUACGGUCACGUACAGAUACUGAGGUGAUGUUUACUUAUGUUGGUUAUUACCAAUCAGGUCACGCCGACGUGCCGACGGACCAGAUCCGGACGUGAUGUGGGGGACCCUGCACCCUGCCCGGCGUCAGAAGGUAGUCGGCGGACGUGUUUCUCGUACAAGACUGCGCCGUUCCAUCUGUUUUAUACUCGCCAGAGCUUGAUGCACAACAGACGUUCGAAUUUGGUGGGCUAGAUACCUCUUUGUUUUAUUGCAUGUUUACAUUCGUAUAGCCUGGUGAAUAGUAAUACUCCGCAUGCAGGUGUUGCAGGGCCAAGCAUGUGACCUCAUCAUAACCCCACGCCUU